AUGAAUAAUGAUUUCUUUAACGACGAGAAGAUAAAGUUUCAAGAGAGUGAGAUAAAGCAAAUGGAAGCGGUGAUAGAGAGUCUUGUUUCUGAAGGUGAAAGACUUCGGAAAAGAUCUAGUGACUUAGAAGAAGAUAAGAAGCUGAAAGAUAAGAAGCUUGAAAUAAGUAAAAGUCUCCUGAGAAAGAACCUGACAAAGUUCAUCCUAGUAUCAUGUGUGGAAGAACAAAAAGAGGAUGAAGAGAAAGAGGAUGAUGAAGAAAUAGAUGACAAAGAAUCUGGUAAAGGUAAUGACAAUAAGGGUGAUGACGAUGAUGACAACAAUCAGGGUGGUACAUGA